AUGUUCUUCUUGACAGGAAAGAUGGAAGAAUGUCACCGGCAUGACGAACAGCGGGCAAAGAGCAAGCAAACUCUGGCCGUGGUCACUGUGCUCCUAUCGAUGUUGCUUGUAGCUCUGAUGGCCACACGAGCUGGCUUCCCUUCGGUUUUGCAGAACCAAGGAACUGAGAACGACUCUAUGGACAGGCGAUACGAAGAGACCGUGUUUCCCACGUACAAGUACCCGACUGACCUUCUCACAUCUGCGACCAAACAUGAAGCAUUGCUUUCGUACGCAAAGAUCAAGACGCCUAAGGCUGGACAGAGUUUGUACAUCCCGGCCAUGUACAAUCCAAUGGUAGACCCCAAUAAGGAGAUCAUGGACAUGAUCGAACAGUUUCAAGAUGUUGUGAAACAACUUGAUGAGUUGGAGAGACAGCUCAAGUGUGCAGCAAACUGUACAGCCAACCAGUCGUCCGCCUUCGCUGGCAACGGCUCGUUCGAGCUUGACUAUGAACUUACCUUCUCCAACGGCAGCGCGAGCUUCGGGUCUCACAACAGCUCUGAGGAAGUUGAUACCUGCCUUCGCAACUGCAGCAUGGAACCGAUCGUGUUCCGCACUGCCGAGGAGGCAGAGGUCCUCAUCAGCUCCAAGAUGGCUCAACUGAGAAUCCUUGAGGGCUCCUUACGAGGCAAGCUAGCGAGCACACGGACAUGGCUCGCCACGAGGACGAGGCAUCGCAGACAGCAGAUGAAAGGAGGAGCUGCGAAUAGGGCAGGUAAAACGAGGGGUCAGGAUGUUGCAAGAGCACGAGUGCUAGACAAAUGGCUGAGGGAAGACAGAAGCAAACAGUAG